AUGGGACAUCGUGUCGUAUCCAGAGACUUCAUCGACCAUGACACCAAAGUCAACUUCGACGCGCGCGCGAGCGUGCACAGCGUCGACGAUGAGGAAACAAAAACACAUCCUGCGCUAGGAAGCACCGUCCAGCUUUUCGAGAGCGAACAAGCGCCCGAUGAUCGAAGAUGGCAGUCCGGGAUCCGGGAACGGCUGGUGUUCAUAUGCAUUAUCAUCCUGGCGAUGAUGGAUGCGUUUAACGCGACGGUUAUGAUUCCUGUCUUGCCGCAUCUGGCAAAUACGUUCCAAGCGCCUCUAGUCACAACCCUCUGGGUCAAUACAGCCUAUCUCGCCCUCAACGCCGCCAGCCAGCUUUUCUUCCCGAUGUUGUGCGAGGUAUUUAGCCAUGGACCCGUCUGGAUCAUCGCCGUCGUGUUCGCAACUAUUGGCACGGGCAUCUGCAGCGGAUCAAUGACUCUGUCAGAGCUGAUCGUCGGCCGGCUCGUGCAAGGACUCGGUGCAGGCGGGUCGACGAGCCUGUGUUUCGUGGUGAUGGCCGAGUCAUCACCUGAGCCCAUUCACGCCCGCUACUCGAGCUAUAUCCUGCUAACCCGCAUGCUGGGCGCCAUUCUGGGCCCGAUUGUGGGCGGCUUGUUUGUCGAUAACGCGCACUGGACCUGGGCGUUUUAUUUCAAUUUUAUUUUCUGUGCACUAGGCCUGCUCGCUAUCCCGUUCGCCGUGGAUCUGCGUUUCUCGAAGAAUAUCCCUCUUCGGAAAUUGCGCAUCCUCGACUGGUCCGGCGCCACCAUGGUUCCUAUGGGUGCCGGUGGGAUUAUUCUCGGGCUCAGUUGGGGAGGUGUCUACUUUCGCUGGCUUCAGUGGGAGAGUCUCGCGCCGAUUGCUGUUGGCGUGGCUGGGUUCGUGGCGCUGGCGUUUUAUGAGUCCUUCUGGGCGUUGCACCCGCUCUUCUGUAGACGGGUGUUCCGGUCCUGUGCGAUGGUCAUGACAUAUGUAGGAUGCUUCCUGCACGGCUUUCUGGUCUUCUGCCAGCUGCAAUUUUUCGCGCUUUAUUUCAUGUCAACGAAGUAUCUCACUCCCACCGUCUCUGGCACCACUCUGUUAGCCAUCAACGGGCUGGCAAUGGCACCCGCCGCGGUAGUGGGCAUAGUCCUCGCUCACGAGAUGCAAUAUUUGCACUGGAUCAUCUCCAGUGGCUGGAUGCUCACCUUGCUCGCAGCGGGCUGCGCGAUCCUGCUCAACAGCACUACACCGACGGUAGGCUGGGUAUUUUUAUUUUUCUCCGCAGGCCUAGGCCACGGUCUCCUUUUCGCGAGCUAUAACAUUCGCAUCUGGAAUGCUCCCAAGGACGAGGCUGCUUCUUGGCCUACGAAGCCGGCGACCAUCUCGCUGCUUAUAAGGGGUUGGGGCAUGGCUGCCGCUCUGCCAAUCGGGGGCGUUGUGUUUUUGACAUUUCUUGCCGCGGAGUUGGAUAAGAUUGGUUUGCAGCGGGAUCUCAUUAAUACGGCGAAUGGAUAUCUCAUCUUGAUGAAUGACGUGCAGAUGGAUCAUGGUCAGAGGGAGACUAUCAAGGCAGCCACGGCGGUGGCAUUCCGCGUGGUUUGGGAACUCCUGGCUGGUGUUGCUGCACUGGGAGGCAUUUCAUCGGUUUUUCUGUGGAAGAAGGGUCGAUAA